UCAGCAGUUGGCAUGUCAAGCUGGCCUAGAGAUACUUAAACAAGGCGGAAACGCUGCGGAUGCGGCCGUUGCAGUUGCUGCUGCAUUGAAUGUGACUGAACCUGCGUCCACCGGAAUUGGGGGAGAUUGCUUUUGUUUGUAUUAUGAUGCAACUACAAAACAUGUCAGCGCACUAAACGGAUCAGGAAGAUCUCCCAAGAAUCUAACGCUAUCCCACGUCCGAAAAUCCAUUUCCGACCAAAAUGCUUAUCACAUACCAUUUACCAACAUCAAUGCUGUAACUGUUCCAGGUGCAGCUGCAGGAUGGGUGGAUACGAUAGAAUGGUUCGGAAGUGGACGAGUGGGUUUGACAGAUAUAUUACGUCCGGCGAUUGAGUUGGCGGAACAUGGGUUUGGAGUCGCAGAGAUUAGUGCCAAAAUGUGGCAAGAAAACGAACACCUUUUGCGCACAUGCUCUGCUCAUGGAGUCGAUAUGCUUCUUGACGGACGUGCUCCUCGUGCUGGGGAAAUCAUGCGAAUGCCCAAGUUGGCGAGGACAUUUCGCGAGCUUGCUGAGAAGGGAAAGGACGGGUUUUACAAAGGCCGAAUAGCCGAAGCAAUAGUCGAACUAAUCCAGUCUAAAGGCGGUGUCAUGACGUUGGAGGAUCUCGCAGAGCAUAGCUCAACACGAGUUGAGCCCAUUAGUAUUGAUUAUAAAGGCGUCAGAGUGUGGGAGUGUCCUCCGAACGGCCAAGGCCUUACUGCUCUCAUGGCUCUUGGCAUUCUCUCUCAACUCCAAUCAAAAGGAAAGAUUCCACCGCUUUCUGAAAUGAGGCACAACUCGGGCGAAUACCUUCAUGCUAUAAUCGAAAGUCUACGGCUGGCCUUUGCCGACACUAGAUAUUAUGUGAGUGAUCCUGAAGUUGUGCAUGUACCGGUUGAAGAAUUGCUAAGUGAG